AUGUCGUCCCCUCUUGGACUUGUAGCCCAUUGCACAGGCAUCGAAAUCGAAGGACAACUCGAGAAGAGUGGCGUCGGUCAUGGAUGGGGUUCUCGAUUUGUGGUCGUUUACGUCGAUGACCAGAAGGAGUGGAAGUCUUCAAAACAAUCCAGUGGCUCACCGCUUCUUUGGCAACAGGACUAUCGCUUUGACUUUCGGCCCUCCUCGAGAAUCACAAUCCAGCUCUUCCGCAAAGGCAUACUACCUCUAAGGCAGAAACUUGGACGCUUCUCUGGGAAUCUGAUCGAGCUGUUUGGAAACAAUGCGGCCUUCGAUAUGACUGAUGAGGCCGGAAACAGACUCGACGGCAUCAAGAUCAAGAUCCAACUGGCACUUAUUUCCAAGCCUCCGCAAGAUAUCAUGAGAAAGGUUGACGCCGCAAUCUCCCGUCUCGAUGAUAGCGUACUUCCUCAGAUAUCGAACUCUGUCGCUGCAUCUCCAUCUGCGAUCGAGGGCUCCUACACUUCUUCGGACGACAUCAGCACCUGCAUCCCGUCCCUUGGCCAAGCAUUCGCUUCGACGGUCAAGAUCGCCCGUAAAUCCGGCUCACCCAGUCCUCAAGGUCUCGUGCGCAGUUUGGCUCUCAAUGUAUGA